AUGAAGCUCUUAGCAGGUCUCUUGAUGUUGGUUGCCAACCUGGUCGCUGCGUUGGCAGCGGGAACUGUCGUGCCUACUCCUAGCCCUACGGAUUUGUAUGCCGAAUGUAAUUAUCAAUGUCCUGUAAUAGCUCCAGUCUGUGGAACCGAUGGAAAGACCUACUCCAGCUCGUGCUACUUGGAGUGCGUCAAGAGAAAACAAACUCAAGGCGGGCAAGUAUCUGUAAAAGUCACUGUUAGUUCCUCUGGACGCUGCCCUGAACCGCCCUGCAUAUGCCCAGCUGUAGUCGAUCCAGUUUGUGGAACCAAUGGAUGGACAUAUUCUAAUAGAUGCGAGCUGGAGUGCGAUAGCGCAAGGAAUCAGCGGUAUGGCUACCCACCUAUCUAUGUUAAGAGCUUAGGCAAGUGCCCUGAACCAGCAUGUGCUUGCGCUGAAUAUGUACAGCUUGUAUGCGGUACAGAUGGACGAACAUAUGGAAAUCCUUGCAAACUCAAAUGCGAAAGCAAGAGACAGCAAGAACUCGGACGCCCUCCGAUCUUCAUCGCCAGCUACGGUCGCUGCCCAGCGUCAUCAUGCAAUUGUCCAACAAUAAUUUCCCCCGUCUGCGGCACGAAUGGUCGAACCUUCAGGAAUACUUGUUAUCUCGAAUGCGCAAGCUGGCAAAGUACAAACAACGGUGGACCACCAAUUUACGUCCAGAAUUACGGCGUGUGUCCCGUAGAACACUGUGUUUGUCCAGCUGAUGUAAGACCAGUUUGCGCUAGCGAUGGAAAUACUUACAACAAUGAGUGCGCAUUGCAAUGUCAAAACGAAAAACGAUUUGCUCUAGGACAACCUCCUUUAACAAAACUUUACGAUGGACCUUGUAAAGGCUGCGCUUGUCCAAAGAACUAUGACCCAGUAUGUGGAAGCGAUGGAAAGACCUACGGGAAUUUAUGUUUACUAAAAUGCGAGAACGUAAUACGUUGGUACCAAAAUCUGCCACCGCUGACGUACACCAAAGGCGAAUGCAGCUGCAUCUGUCCAUACAUUUGGAAGCCUGUGUGUGCCAGCGACUUCAAAACGUAUCCUAACAAGUGUGAUUUGGGUUGUGAGAAUCGGCGUCGCGUUCACGCUGGUCUACCAGCACUGCAUAUAAUCAGUUAUGGGGAAUGCGGCUGAAAUUGUAAUUCCAACUUCAAGCUCGAAGUCUGCGGCUCUGACAAACGCACAUACUUUAACGUCUGCUACUUCAACUGCGCCAAUUUCUAUCUUAUUCGCAACGGCAAGCCAGCUAUCACCAUUACUAAGAAUGGCCCUUGCUAAGUGUCAUUAGAUCACCA